CCCAGCAGUGCCCAGCCAGCGCGAGCGCGGCGUGAUGGACGGCAGGGUGCAGCUGAUCAAGGCCCUCCUGGCCCUGCCCCUGCGGCCCCAGACCCGGCGGUGGAGGAACCCGAUUCCCUUCCCCGAGACGUUUGACGGCGACACCGACCGGCUGCCGGAGUUCAUCGUGCAGACGGGCGCCUACAUGUUGGUGGACGAGACCCUGUUCUCCAGCGACGCCCUGAAGGUGACGUUCCUCAUCACCCGCCUGACCGGGCCGGCCCUGCAGUGGGUGAUCCCCUACAUCAGGAAGGAGAGCCCCCUCCUCAAUGAUUACCGGGGCUUCCUGGCCGAGAUGAAACGGGUGUUUGGCUGGGUGGAGGACGAGGACUUCUAGGCCGGGAGCCCCUCGGGCCUGGGGGCGGGUGCUCGGGGGAGGGUCCGCCGCGCCCGCAGCCGCCGCCGCCGCCGCCGCCCAGAUGGCAGCGGGCGUCGCCCCGCCGCGCCUCCCGCCCCCCCCACCUUCGCCGCGCUCGAGUGGCCGCGCUCUCCCCCACGCUGCUGUCCCCUCCCGCGUAGUGCUUGCCUUUGUUCCAGGAAUAGCGCUCCAGGUCCCCACCGCUACCUCUGGGCCUGGCUCCAGAGCGCGCCGCCGCCCUGGGCCGCCAGCCAGGCCCCUCCCGUGCGCACUUGGACUCGGGCCCGCGCUCCAGCUGCGGGCCAGGCUCCCAUUACACACGGGCCAGACCACCCACAGCCCGGCCGCCGCGGGCCGCCUCCGCCAGACUGACCGCCAGGCCUGCAGCGCGCCGCCCGGACACCCGCGCUGCCACCGCCGUCCACCGCGCGCCCUCGACGGCCUGGGGCCCCAGCGAUGUGGGCUCCCCCAAGAAGUGUCUGAGCCGGCCGCGGCCCCUGGACAGUGACUCCAGCAGCUCGCCACCCACUCGCCCCCCCCCCCCGGAGGGGCGGGCCGACCUCUCACCUGCGGCGGGACCCGUCGCCCCCUCCUCCCAGAGACCUCUUCUGCUCCUGCCAGAUGGCGGCCGGGUCCCAGGGGUGCCUGGCAGCCAGAUCCAGCCGCUCGUUUUCUUUCUCCCGUGGACCUGUUCGUUUUGCCCAGAACCCAGUUCUCUUCUCAGUUCGCAGCUGUCUCUCUGAUGUGUGCCUUUUGUUCCACACAGUAGUUAAGCCCUGCACUCUGCCCAGCUCUUCUACACUACCUGGACAAACGUCUUUUCCUUCUUUUCAAUAAAUGUCAGACGCUAUUAAAAAGAAAUUGAGUCU